CCUAGAAACGAGAAAAGCGUCGCUACAUGGUCGCUACGGAGAGAGGGAUGGGUCUGUAAUAGUAAAAAAUACACUUUUGUGUACUUUCCCACGCAGUUAGGACAACUUACUAUCAUGGCAGUCUGUGGGAAAUGCUUAUCUGUCGUUGCAACAACGACUCUACCAAGUUUUAACGUUUGUAUAUCCACGUUCUGGUACUGCUAGUGCUUUAAUCUAUUUUGGCAUGACAGAUAAAGAUUAGUUAGCAUGCUAGCGAGCUAGCCACACAGUCUCAGCAUCCCACAGCGACCACACCUGCCGGUGACAGUGUGGCUGCAGGUUCCUAGCAGACAUGGGCAAACUACAGAGCAAGUUUCGCAAGAGGUCUGUCAUCUACAGACCAUCUCAGGGGGAGAAGUCAGAGAGUACAUUUGACAGUCAGGUGGUGCAGAAUGAACCUGCCCAUCAAGGGUCCACCAACACUGUCACCAAUCUCAGCCCAGAUCUCUGUGUCUCUGGUGGGAGUGACCAGGCUGUGGUGGUGUACGACUGGAAACAAGGCCGGAUGUGUCAGUCCUUCCAGGGUCACAACCGAGAGGUUACCAAGGUGGUGUGUUAUCCAGGCAGUACCUGGAUCUUUAGUGCCUCACGGGACAAGACUGUUCUGAUGUGGGACCUGAACCAGGGGGACGAACCUAUCCAGGAAUUCUGUGGGCAUGAAUUGGUGGUCAAUGGACUUGCUAUCAGCCCUGAGGGAAGAAAGCUGUGUACCGGAUCCCGAGACAACUGGAUGUGCCUGUGGGAUAUAGAAUCUGCAAAAUGUGAACAGAGACAGAACGUUUCUAGAAACCUGGUGACUCAUGUGUGUUGGGUGCCAGGCAGCUCAUCUGUUGUCCAGACCUCUGAGGAUAAGACCGUAAGGGUGUGGGACAGCCGUGCAUGGCAGGUGACCAAUACUUUUCCAGCCAAGCAAUACAUCCAAACCCACUGUGACGUUUCUCCAAAUGGAAACUACAUGGUGUCCAGCAGCAACGGCUUCGGAGGCCAAGGCUGUGAAGCCACGCUCUGGGACCUGCGUCAGCCCGGCUGUAAAGUUGUGGAGUACAGAGGUCAUCUGCAGACCACCGCCUGCUGUAUGUUCCUGCCUACGCCUCCUGGUGGCAACGCUCAGGUAGCAACAUCCUCUCAUGACAGCUCCGUCAAAGUCUGGGAUCAGAACACAGCAGUCUGUUUAGGGACGUUGUCUCUGGAUGGUGCAGGUCCACUGGUUUGUCUGGCUCCCACUGACUCCACCAAUCUGCUGUGUGCCAGCUUCAACAACGGCCUCCAUCAUAUCGAGGUGGGCCUCGGAUCAAACCAGGCGCAGGUUUCUAGCGGAGCUGGUGGCCUGGACGUAAAAGUUGUGGCGCGCUUCUGACAGCCCAACGCUGACCUGUGAACAGCCAGUGUCACAGUGAGCAGUAUCGCUGGAUAUGGACGACAUGUCAGUUCUUUUAUUUUUUACAAUUUUACAUAUUUCUAUAGACAUUUUUUUGCUUUACUAGACUGCCAUACAGUGAAGAUUGACAGAAGAGAGACCAGUGAGAAAAGGAGGGGAUGAUAAUGACAUGUAUGGAUGAUGCAUCUUUUGUUAAGCAAAGCCACCUGGAUGCACAUCAUAGCUGCUCUUCUGGGAGACUGGUCUGUAAGUCGCAUUACCCAUUAAUUUAUGAGACUAUAAACAUCAAAAUGAUCCUGCUUGGAUUGCUGCCUUCUUCUACCAAACCAGAAUAACUGGGGAUUAGUCUCAGUCUCAUAUACUACUUCAGCGAGGUGGAUUUGACGAGAUGCACAUGUUGUAUUGCCCAUUGGAGGGGCUGAAUGCAUGUUUUGGCAGGAGUGGUGUUGAAAAUGUGGAAGUACUCUUAGAGCAGGAAAAUCAGUUAUUUGGUCAGGUGUUACUUCUCCUGAGUCUGACAGAGAAGUGAAAGCCAAAUAGAUUUUCAUAUUUAAAAUAUAACCAAGUGGGUGCAGUCAGACUAGCAGUGUUGUUUGUCAAUCACUUUGUUGAAAGUGUUUUUUAUCACCACAACAGAGUAAUGCAGAACACGUGUAUGUUGAUAAUAACCGUUGAUUAGUUUGUACUGUAGCUUUAACCUGUCAAGUGCUAGACCGAAUGACUACCUACGACACAAGAUUGUAAAAAAAACAUUAGCUUUGUUUUUAGGUAGACUUCGAUUCUUUUUUUUAAAGAUACAGAUUCUGAUAUUUUUGAACGGAAGAUGACGAUAGCUGAUGUUUGGUGCCCAAAUCCAAUAUAUUCACAUUUGAAAAUUACUAUGCAAAAAUACCUGAGUAAUUCCCCUAUUAGUGAAGUAUUGUUUGAAAAAGACAAAUGCAAAGGAAAGCUACUCUGCAACCUGUUAACAUCAAAGCUGCUGCCAGUCAGUUUGAUGAUUAUUUUUUAACAUUGUGUCACUACUGUGCUAUUAACAGAUGUUGAACUACUUUGUUAGGAUUAGCAAUCCAGGCUCGCUGUAGUUUAGCCAGCAAAUGCUAAUGUUAAUAUUAGCAGCCUUAAGUGAGUGAAUUUGGACACGCAUUACAUUCCUACCUUAACUGAAUAUUGUCAGGAGAUGUGUUUAACCACUUAUGUAUUUGAAGUGAAAAUUUAACAUGGAUUACAAAUUUGUCAGUUGAAGCAUCUUAAAAAUUGCAUAAUCUUUCUUUUGUCUGUGGAUAUCCAGGUUGAUGAUUAAUUAUUUUUCUAAAAAAAUUAGGGAACACUAGGAGCAGUAGGGAACCAAAGGUGAUCAUACAUUUAUUUUCAUGAGAAUUUACUGUUUAGGUAUUUGUCACUCUUAACAUCAGUUGAUUUGAUCUAUCUGUGUACGAUAUGAUUAUGAUUAAGCAAGAAAUAAAACAAUGUGUCUGAGUAAAUCUGGGUUGUGGCUCCUUGCGUCAACUGAGAUUUUAAACUUUGUCACAGACUUCUAUUUAA